AUGAAAGAGAUCAUCAACCUUCACGACUGCAGGACCAAGCUGAUUGAGUCCGCUAUCCCGGAGAUCAAUGACGACCAGGUCUUGAUCCGUGUCGUCGUCUCUGGAUCGAACCCCAAGGAUUGGAAGGUGCCGGAUCUUGCGCACAGUGAGGAGAAACCGUACUUUGAGCGCUAUGAGAAAGUCCGAGAGGGAGUCAAUCAGGGUGAUGAUAUCGCUGGUGUGGUUGAGAAGGUCGGGAAAAACGUAGUGGAAUUCCAGCCGGGCGACCGAGUCGGAGCUUUCCACGAAAUGCUUAUGCCUGGAGGCAGUUAUGCUGAGUAUGCGGUUGCAUGGAGCCAUACCACGUUUCACUUGCCCGAGAAGAUCUCAUUCGAAGAGGCAGCCACGAUCCCUCUAGCGGGUCUCACGGCAGUGGUAUCUCUGUACCAUCAUCUCGGGUUCCAAUUUCCCUGGUCUCCAGCUGCCAAAGGCAAAUCCCCCAACACAACGACACCAUUCAUCGUCUACGGCGGCAGCACGGCGGUCGGAUCCUACGCGAUCAAGUUUGCCAGACUAAGCAACAUCCACCCGAUUAUUGCGAUCGCCGGAAAGGGCGCCCAUUACAUCCGGAAGUUCCUGGAUGAAAGCAAGGGCGACGUAGUCGUUGAUUACCGAGAGGGUCCAGAGAAGACCAUCGCUGGCAUCCGCAAUGCGCUGCGCUCAUCUACUAGUGGCAAUGAUCUCCCAGCAAAUCACGCCCUUGAUACAAUUGUCACUGAGGACAGUACGACUGUGCUGCGAUCCGUUAUGAACCCCGGUGGUAACAUUAACUAUGUGCUCAUGAGUCCCCCCGAUGUUUCUCCCGCGGUUGCAUCGAACACUUGGGUCAGCUCGGCGCACCAGAUCGGUGGUGUUGAUGAUUGUCGCGAUUUGUGUUUCGUGUUCUGUCGGUGGUUCACCCGGGCACUGCAGUCUGGCGAGUUUGAGGGCCAUCCGUUUGAAGUCAGAAAAGAUGGCUUGCUGGGGGUUGAGGGGGCGAUGAGAGACCUGAGGGAUGGAAAGGCGAGUGCGGUUAAAUAUGUCUUUAGAAUAAGCGAAACACCGGGACAAUAG